ACAAAAAGAUCGUUUUUCAGUGUUUCCGGUCCGUUGACAACCCCAUCCCGUCUUCCUCGUUGCUUCAAACUCCAGAGAGAGCAGAUAGAAAAAGAAGCUCCUUGGAGAAAAAAAGGAUGUCAACCACCUCCUCCUACCCACUUCGCAUUUUUUUAAAUCAUGAAAUUAAGUUUAAUUCCCCCCACCUCCUUCCCAAACCCUACCCAUCUCCUUGCUCCCGUUUUAAAUUUGGGAGUAAAACCAGUAUUUCGAGAUGUUUCGUCUGUUGUAGCAACCGAAAGGCUAUCCCCGACUAUAAGAUGGACUCCGUUGACUCCGUCGACUGCGUCGGCACCGGAAAUGACGUCGAAUGUUUCGCCUCCGACACGGAACAGCUACUUCCUUCGUCCUCUCCAGCCAACAAAUGCGCUGCAAGCUUCGAGAUAUCCGAAUUGGCGGCUAAAUCUGAUGAAGGAUUGGUUGGUAAGGUCAUCGACUGGGCGCUCCUGCUGUCGCCUUUCUUUUUUUGGGGGACUACAAUGGUGGCAAUGAAGGAGGUGAUCCCCAAGACGGGGCCGUUCUUCGUUUCGGCAUUUCGGCUGAUCCCGGCUGGUGUCAUAUUGAUUGGAUUUGCGGCGGCAAGGGGCAGGCGGCAGCCGACGGGGCUCCUUGCUUGGAUUUCCAUCCUCCUGUUUGGGAUCGCGGACGGGACAUGUUUUCAGGGAUUUCUUUCCGAGGGAUUACAGAAAACAGCAGCUGGAUUGGGCAGUGUCAUCAUUGAUUCUCAGCCUUUGUCAGUUUCCAUACUUGCAGCACUGUUGUUCGGUGAGUCCAUUGGUACCGUUGGUGCUGCUGGGCUGGUGCUUGGUGUUGUCGGGCUUCUGCUCCUUGAGAUUCCAGCUAUUUCUGUUGAAGGAAGAGAUUUAGCGAUUUGGGGAAGUGGUGAAUGGUGGAUGCUUCUGGCAGCUCAAAGUAUGGCGAUUGGAACAGUCAUGGUUCGCUGGGUUUCCAAGUACUCUGAUCCUAUCAUGGCAACUGGAUGGCACAUGAUCAUAGGUGGGCUGCCUUUGCUAGUUAUUUCAGUUCUGAAUCAUGAUCCUGCUAUAAGCGGGAAUUUAAAGGAUCUAACAUCUGAUGAUAUUUGGGCUCUUCUAUACACUUCAAUAUUUGGAAGUGCCAUCAGCUAUGGUGUAUUUUUCUACAAUGCUACUAGAGGUAGCUUGACAAAGCUCAGCUCCUUCACAUUUCUAACUCCAGUGUUUGCCUCUAUUUUUGGGUUUCUCUACCUGGGGGAGACAUUCUCUCCUUCACAAUUAGGUGGUGCAGUAGUGACACUGGUUGGUAUAUAUUUGGUCAAUUACAAAGACAAUGGCAAUGAUACUGCAUGAAAUUACUUUUAAGGUUCAAGCUUAUAUUGUUCUCUUCUAAGUGGCAAUGAAUUGGUGCUGAAUUUCUGCAUUAUAUUCUUGAAGCAUGGCAUGAAAUUCAUUCUCUAUUGAUCCAAGACUAUACUUCCAUGAAAGGAAUUGCUGGAAAUCGGUCAUAUGGCUCUAUUCGAUAAUGCAGCUGAAAUAAUAGGCAACAAAAAUCUUGUACUUUAGUGUUUUGAUGAAUGCCUACACAUAUACCAGUAUACAUAUGGAAAGUUAGGCUUUGUAUAGUUGUGUUUUUCGCUUUUUUGUUCAGGGUUGUUGCUGGCAUGAUUUUCUUAAUCUCUGUAAAGCUUCCAUGAAUGUAGUUUUGUUGUAAUGUUUCGGGGCCUUUCUAAAAAAGCUUCUCUGUUUUGAUUGUUGUUUUUAUGCAACUCUGGUGCCAAAUAUUGUCUAGUCCAAAUACAAGUUUUUUAUAAUAG